GCCUAUUGUUAGAAUAGCAUCUUACGCCAUUGAUUGACAUCAUCGCACAAUUCUGCCUGGGUAUAGAUAGUGGGACGGCCGUGCCUGUCUUAUUCGAGUGCUUUUAUACCGGGGUCACGGGUGUUUCUUCCUCCACACUCGUUUCUUUCGAUGACGACCUCUGUGAGUGCCACCCCGGAGAAGCACACCCCGACAACGGACAGCCUGAUUAGGCCUGUCUCUUUGCUGUCUUCUAUCGAAAAAAGAAGUGCUUCUUUGCCCACUGAUGACCUGGUAGAUGAGACGGAGGAACAGUUCUCGUGGACAAAGUCCAUCUUUCGUCGAAAGCAGAUGUUCUCUCGUGACCUUGAUGCAAUUGCGACCAGACGCUCUGUUUUUGAUGAUCCUGGCCUUGCGCAAUACUAUUGGCCCAAUAAGGACUACGAGAAUCUUCACAGAUUCGAUCCAACUGCUCGUUGGACGUACAGGGAGGAAAAGGCCCUGGUCCGCAAGUUGGAUUGGAAGAUUAUGCUUAUGGCAGCUAUAGCAUUUUCUGCCUUGAACUUGGACAGGAGCAACAUCAGCCAGGCAAACUCGGACAGUUUCUUGCAGGAUAUUGAAUUGACUACAGACGACUUCAACCUCGGAAAUACUGUGUUCUUGUUGGCAUUUUUAUGCGCAGAACUACCGUCACAGCUUGUCUCGAAGCGGAUUGGACCGGAUCGCUGGAUACCAACGCAAAUCUGUCUCUGGAGUUUUGUGUCUCUGUCACAAUUCUGGCUGACUGGUAGGACCUCAUUCCUGGUUUGCCGAGCAUUUCUAGGCGUCUUGCAAGGCGGCUUUAUCCCUGACCUGAUAUUAUAUCUAUCUUAUUUUUACACGAAGACGGAGCUACCCAUGCGCCUUGCCCUGUUCUGGAUGUCUGAGAACUUCGUCGCCAUCCUCGCUAGUUUUAUAGCCUAUGGCGUGCUUCACAUGGAUGGUGUGGCUGGCAUUGCUGGAUGGCGGUGGCUAUUCAUAAUUGAGGGAAUCCUCACUCUGCUUAUAGGAAUUUUCUGUUUUUUCAACAUGCCCCCAUCUCCAACGCAGACCAAAGCAUGGUUCCGGCCAAAGGGUUGGUUCACGGAAAGAGAAGAAAUCAUCAUGGUCAACCGAAUACUUCGGGAUGAUCCCAGUAAGGGUGACAUGCACAACCGCGAGGGCCUUACAUUGCGUCGUCUCUGGACAGCAGUGUGCGAUUAUGAUCUUUGGCCAAUUUACAUCCUCGGCCUCAUGUUUGGCAUUCCGAACAGUCCGCCCUCGACGUAUCUCACUUUACUACUUACGAACAUCGGAUUCAAUACAUUUGAUACCAACCUCCUUACGAUACCCUCUCUGGCUAUCGGAAUUAUCACCAUGUUUUGGAUCACGCUUGUCUCAGAGUCCGUCAAUGAACGUACGAUUGUGUCGAUGAUGAUGGACCUCUGGACAUUGCCUUUCCUUGUUGCACUCUAUGCAUUGCCUAGCAACCCUAACCCUUGGAUAUUUUUCGCUGUGGCGACUGGUCUAUUGUCAUAUCCUUAUACCCAUCCCAUCCAGGUAGGGUGGUGCUCUCGUAACGCCGGGGCAGUGGCAAGUCGAACGGUCAACGCGUCGUUGUACAACAUGUUCGUGCAAGUCAGCGGAAUCGUAUCCGCACAGAUCUACGUAGCCAGCGAUGCUCCCAGAUAUCAACGCGGCAAUAGGACCCUCAUCAUUAUCUGCUGCGUCAACAUCUGUAUUUUAUACCCAGCUACGAAGGCAUAUUACAUCUGGCGCAACCGACAACGAGCCAAGAUUUGGGAUGCGAUGACGACAGAGGAACGUGCCCACUAUCUGAGUACGACCAAGGAUGUUGGAAACAGAAGACUCGAUUUCCGUUUUGCGCAUUGAUGACUUGUUCAAUUAUGUAGAUUUGAUCAAUGGCAGCUUGGGGU